AUGCCCAACGCCUCUUCCUGGAGUGCUAGCUCUCCUCUACUGCUGCUCUGGGAGGACUCCUCCGGGACCCGCAUCUUCCUGUCACUGCUCUAUGCGGUCUUAGCUAUCUCAGGGACUUUAUCCAAUGUGAUGGUCAUCUAUUUAGUCUUCUCCUUCAAGAAGCUGCAGACAACCAGUAAUGCCUUCAUCGUGAACGGCUGUGCGGCAGACCUGAGCGUGUGCGCUCUGUGGAUGCCCCAGGAGGCUGUGCUGGGGCUGCUGCCUCCCAACUCCUCCUCUCUCCGCUCGGUGGAGUACCGGCUGCUCCGCGGGGGGCUCCUCGGCCUCGGUCUCACCGUCUCCCUGGCCUCUCACCUGCUGGUGGCCUUCAACAGGUACGUGCUCAUCACCAAGCUGCCCAGCGUGUACCAGGCCCUCUACCAGCGGAGGCACACGGGCUGCAUGAUCGGGUUCUCCUGGGCCCUCGCCCUGCUCCUGGUCCCACUGCUGCCCGGGCUUUGGACCCCGG